GAGAGCCGAGGAGGGAUCAUGGACAGCGUACAGAGAUUCUCAAACCUGCCAACGUAUCUCCCCGCGAGCUCCCACAUCUGCAAUGCUGAUGUUUUCUUCUUCCUCAAAGAAGCCAACCAGGAUAUCAUGAGGAACUCCAGUUUGCAGUCUAGGGUGGAUUCAUUCUUUAUAUACAAAGCCAAACAGCCACCUGUCCUAAAUGCCACGUAUGGACCCUUUUCUGUUGAACAGCCUGUUCCCUUGGACCUCAUGCUGACUUCUGCAUCUUUUGGUUUCACAAAUAAAUUCACUUUUAAUUGGAAAUUAAAAUCUCACAUAAUCAACAGCUCAAUCUAUUCCAAUAAACCCAAAAUACAAACCUUGUUCUAUAUUGCGGGGAAGGACUGGGAUGACUACAGUUCUGAGGAGAUGUUGCCUUGUGUGAAGAUGUUUGCUUUCCUGGAGUCUAGAGAAGUUGUGGCCAGCUGCAGAUUGGCAGGCCUUCUAGGAUUAUGUGUUGCAGAGCUGGAAUUGUCUCCUAGCUGGUUCAGCUCCCCUCCACCCAUGGUUUCAGAGGAAACAGCCUCUCUGGAAGGGAUUACUGUGGAGCUCUUCUAUAAGAUUUAUACAGUGGAUGGGGAAUGUUCUCCGGAGGAUGAAAAGUGGGAGAACAAUAUCCAUGCAGGUGAAGAUAACGAACAUCAAGCUUUGUCAGCUAUGGAGAGGAUUGGUAGCAUCGUUGUUUACCCAAAUCAAGACCAAUUAAAACAGUCUUCACUAAGGCUCGAUGAAAAUAUCGUUAUUCGCUUACCACUGAACCCGGUCAGAGAAGGUGACAUUGUGACCUUUCAUGUUUGCCUGGCUGAUGACUCACUAGCAGACCAGUUUGUAUUAAGAAUCAGGACAGCCCCAGGUGUGAAGAUCACGGACAUCAGAGUGAGCGAUGCUGACCAGUGGGGGGUCCAGGAGGAGACGGACAGCGCGAGGAGCACGGCCACCGUCACCUGUGUGCACAACGACCCCGGGGCAGAGGACAGGAAUACAGAGAUCUGACAGCAAUGAUGGAAAAGCUUGUGCAUG